AUGGAUCGCACAACCAACAUAAUCAACGACGACGAGGUUGCACUCGCGAUGGCAAUGUCCUCUCAGGGUAAGAAGCAGGCGAAAAAUCAGAAAAAGGCGACCAACAGCGGCGCAUCUGGCUUCAAGGCACCCAAGAAGCCCAAUGGUGUACCAACCGCGAACAACAAAGCAAAGCCAGCUGCCACUAGAAUCAGGAAUCAAGAUACGAGAGUCAGAUUCUAUGAGGCAAACGGCUUGAAAAUACCGCUGUACGAUAAUAAUGGUCAGGGAACCAAGAAGAGGCAGCACCCUCGCUUGGCAAGGUCCUUGCUCAACAGGAGCGUGGACAAUUUACUCGGCAUCGUGGAGCAGUAUGCCGGCGCCGACAAGAAGCAAAAGUUUAUAAACAAGGGAAUUUCAAAGCUAAAGCUUGCGACUUGGAUCGAGGAAGUGGAAACACUGGCACUGGGUCGCAAUCAGAAGUCGACCUUGCCAAAUAACAGCCAAAACAAGACAGACAAAGCUGCCGGGACCGUGAGCCCAGCUCUUACAACUCAUACCCAGCAGUUCACAAGACAAGCGGUCCCGACCCCGACUGAGCCCCAAACCGUUGAAGAUGAUCGUGCGCGUGGACCCCUUGGCGGUAGGAAGAGAGAUGCACCCGACGAAGGACCUAGUAUCCAACCGCUUCAGAAGCAUCAGAAGCGUAACCACGAAACAAAUACGGGAGCGAUUACUGGACAGUCCAGCGAGGAAGGUCUAGUGGGCUUGCCAGGGAGCCAAUCAACUCCACAAACGCUUGCUCACAUCAACAUUUAUAGCAAUACCGACACCGCUAUAGAUUACAGACAUGAUUUUAUGGGGAGGACUGGCCUUAACCCUUCCGAUCCCGACCGUUCUUCGGUUGUCCUUUGGGAUCCCAAAGAGCACCACGUCAUCACAGCCAUAUCCUAUCCGAAUGGUGAAAUGCAUCUCUUUGAGACAACAGUCCCAAGCGACGGGAGAAACGUUCCUGCUCCGCGUAGUAAUCCGUUUCUCAAACCAGGAAAGCAUGGUCGCCACGGCGAUUUUAUCGCAGAUCCUGAUAUAUGGACCGGCCGCGGCCAUCAAAUGGAAAGAAACGAUUCUGCGAGUUGGGAAAGAUACAAAGAGUUCCAAAGGGUGUUCGAGCAAGAUCGCUUCAACAACCGAACGUCCAAUGAUGGUGUAGCUCUCGACCAGACAUCAAAGGAUACAUGGGUUGAGUGGCAAAAAUGGUACAGCGGGUUUUUAGAGAAGUAUCCUGGCUAUGCCGUCGCUCACCUGUGGCCUUGCGGUUGCGAGGUGAUGACUGAUGGCACGGAGAGCGAGGAAGAGUGA